CUCCAGGCACUGGGCGGGACUCGGCGGCUGAGGUGAUGCAGGGCCCGGCUGGGGGGGGCGGUCUGCUGCCGAGUCUCGUAGUGCCUCGGCCCCUCCCGUGAGCCAUGAAGCAGCCGGGAAGUUUCACGGCCGCCCCCCACAGCUUGUAGCCCGGCGGGGCGGGGAGGGGCCGCAGGGACCUCUCGAGCCGCGGCUCCGCGCCCCAUCAGGCGCCUCCUCUCCUCGUCCGACCCCGCACCCGCCAUUGCCGCAGCUCCGGCAGGAGCGGGAGACUGGGCUCCUCGGAGGGCCCGGCAGCUCCGGGGCUUGAGGCGGCGACACCAGCGCGGCGCGGCCCCACCCGUACACCGCCCCCGCCCCCUGCACCGCCCCGCCCCGCGCCCGGGCUCCUCCCCCGCGGCUCGCCGCGCGCCGGGGCUGCCACCGAGCGGAGCGGAGCGGAGCGUCAUUCGGCGCCGGCAGACAUGGCGACACUGACAGCGGUCCAGCCACUCAGCCUGGACCGAGAUGUUGCCAGAGCAAUUGAAUUACUGGAGAAACUUCAAGAGUCUGGGGAGGUACCGGUGCACAAGCUACAAUCCCUAAAAAAAGUACUGCAAAGCGAGUUUUGUACAGCUAUCAGAGAGGUAUAUCAAUAUAUGCAUGAAACCAUAACUGUUAACGGCUGCCCAGAAUUCCGUGCCAGGGCCACUGCAAAGGCAACUGUUGCUGCUUUUGCAGCAAGUGAGGGGCAUUCACAUCCUCGAGUGGUUGAACUGCCAAAGACAGAUGAAGGCCUGGGCUUUAACGUGAUGGGAGGAAAGGAACAGAAUUCUCCUAUAUAUAUUUCUCGCAUCAUUCCUGGAGGGGUGGCAGAAAGACAUGGAGGACUGAAGAGGGGAGACCAGCUGCUUUCUGUUAAUGGAGUGAGUGUGGAAGGUGAGCACCAUGAAAAGGCAGUGGAGCUUUUGAAGGCUGCUAAGGAUAGUGUAAAGCUAGUGGUACGCUACACACCCAAAGUGCUGGAAGAGAUGGAAGCUCGCUUUGAAAAACUGAGGACAGCACGACGCCGGCAGCAACAGCAGUUGCUAAUUCAACAGCAGCAGCAGCAACAGCAGCAAACAACACAGCAAAAUCAUAUGUCGUAGGUUAUUCUCAAGGAAAAAAAAAAUCUAGAUCAAGAAUUCAGUAACCAAGCAAUCAAAUCUGUGCCUCAGCACUCCUGCACAGAGUAAAAGGAAACAACAAUGGGAACACAGUAACUGUAAUUAUCUGAAAGCUAUGAAUGAAUGAUGUAAGAAUAACUUAGCAAGACAGCCAUAUACAUGGUACUUUCUUUAUAAGGCUCUUCAGAACACUGCAAUCUCAGAUACCAGACUUCAGUGACUUUAUUGCUAAUGAGCAGUAUGGUAAGUAAACACAAGAAAAUGUAGAGGAGUCUGGAGCAUCAGAAUAACUUUUCUAGUUCUUGUCUUGUGCUCCUUACCCUGGACAAACCUUGCAUCCAUUUGCUCACUGUAGUAAGUGAUGGUGUUUGUUUAAGGAGGUCAAGACUAGCUACUAGUAAGGGAGGAAACUUUCUCUACAGUUAAUUUCCAGGGUUGAACAACUUGUAGUCUAUACACCAAACUGCAUCAGUUCCAAAUUUUGGUCACAAGAUAUAAAACAAAUUCACACAUCUCAUUUCACAAUCUCUUUGUACUAUAUAUUGUAGGAGUUGUUUUAAUCCGACUUCCAGUUUAUAAUAAUUUUCCAAUUUUUUUCCUGAAAAUAGCAAGUUACUAUAUUUAUAAAAUAUUCAGUUUGUAGAAGCAAUUGGCUUUUUACUCUUGGUGUCUCCAUAUAUUUUAUUAUGCAUUAAUAGAGUGAAGCAGUUUUAGGUCUAUUUUAAUUUUAUUAGUAGUAAGGGUAGGGAAACCUAGAACUGUAUUUUUAAAUGUAGGUAUUGCUUGUAUCUAAUAUAGUUACUCUUCUAUAGAAAUCUAUAACUGAAUAUAUUGUAUAUUCCAUAAAAUAUAUAUUGUCAGAAUGUACUUGUUACAGAAGUAGGAUCUUUGCUUACCAUGUAUUGCAAAAUGUAGUAAGCUAGAGUUAGCAGAAGAUCAAGCUUUGUUUGGCAGAUAGUCAAGUGAUAAAUAUGAACCAGGUAUCUUAGCUUUUCUGUAUUCCUUAAUUUAUUUUCUAUUUUAUUGUUAGCUAAAUUUGGAGAAGCAGCAUAAACUGCUACUCUUAACAUUGGCAUAUUACUGUAUAAAUCAGUUUGAAAGUCAAAAGUUCAGAGCCAUUUUAUCAAACCAAACUGAAAUGUAAACAAAAAAGUCUCAUUUAAGUUUACCUGCCUGCUUUUCCAAAGACUAUUGAACAGUGAAAGCUGAAAGCAUCCUUGACUUCAGAAGUCGUAAAAAUUUGAUCUCCAAAUCCUGAUCAAUAUAUUGCAAUUUAAAGUACCUAUUAUUUGAAGAGGAGCAAAAAGUGGGGAAUGGGAGGGAUCAAAACCUAUUUAUUUUUGAAGGAGGGCAAGAGUACCCCUGUAAGCUCUUCCAUGCUAAAAUCUCUCACCCACUACAUUUCAGCUGGAGUUUGGGGGCAUAAGAAAUGCAGAACUCUCCUGAAACUAUAUUCUAGUUAUAAAUAUGUAAGAAGCAAUCACCCACAUCCAAACCUCUGCAAGUUGUUUUUUUUUCAGUCUCAAUUCCUUUUCUUCUUUGUAGGAUUUAGUCUCAAUGUAGAACAGCUAUAGCCGUGGGAAGCUGAUAUGCAUAAAUUAAAAACAAACAACCCCCUCCCCCCUCCAACUAGCCACCAGCCUUGACAGCAUUCCUUUAAAAUAAUUUAUUGCUGAAAGAAAGUAAAUAUGCUUUUAAAACCAAAUGCCAUUAAAUACAAAGGAAAGGGCAAGUGGUCCUGUUAAUAACACAGAAUUAGAAAGUAGAGAUUAAGUUGCGUUUUAUGAAAUAGCCGUGUAUUAUGUUCUGCAAGGUGUUUAUUAUUACCUCUUUUUAAUUUUAUUACUGUGUACCCACUUUCAAUUUGCACACUUUAAAAUUAACAGCCAUCUUUAGUAUCAAUAGUAUAUAAACUAUUGUCAUUGUUACUGCACAUGUUAUAGCACAUCAAUAUGAUUUGACUGCUGCUGUGCGAGUUAUCAGAGACCAAAUGUUAUAGUUAUUGUUAGAGAGCCUAUUGUACUGCAUUCUUUCUGAACUACCCUCCCCUCCCAUUGUUCACAAUCUAUAUUUUGAUUAAAUGGACUGUGGAUAUAAUAAAUUGCAAAAAUAGAAUGUAAUUCCUGUCCUUAUAUAGAUAAUAUCACAUUCUCAUUUCAUUGACAAGCAUUUGAAAUGCAAAUUAAAUACAGACUAAAGUACUGUAAGGUAGAUACAGUACUGAUUGGAUCAUUGUCAACAUGUGGUCAUCAGUGGCUCAAAGUCUAAUUGAGAGGCGGUUUCAAGUGAGGUUUUCCAGGGGUCUGUCCUGGGUUUGGUAUUGUUCAAUAUCUUCAUUAUUUAUUUGGACUAUUGUAUUGAGUGCAUCCUUAGCAAAUGUGCAGGUCACACCAAGUUGGGUGGAGUUGCAGACACUCUAGAGAGUAGGGAUAGGAUCCAGAAUGACCUGGGUGAACUUGGAAAAAAAAAGGUCUGCAAUUAACUAGCUUAAAUUCAACAAGGAUGAGUGCGAAGUCCUGCAUUUGGGAUAGAAUAAUUGUAUGCACAAAUACAGACUAGGCAAUGGUGACAAGGCUGCAGUACUGCAGGGAGAAGGAUCUAGGGGUUACAGUGGAGCAUAAACUGAAUGCGAAUCAACAGCGUGCUCUUCUUGCAAAAAACAAAAACCAACAGCAUCCUGGGGUGUAUAGCAGGAGAUUAUUCUGCUCUAUUCAGUACUGAUGAGGCCUCACCCAAAGUACUGUGCCCAGUUUGAGUCCCACUCUUCAAAAAGGAUGUGGACAGAUUGGAAAGAGUCCAGCAGAAAGCAACAAAAAUGAUUAGAUGCCUGGGAAGCAUGAAUUUUAAGGAAAGGCUGAAAGGGAUAUUUGCUUUGAAGAAGAGAAGACUGAGGGGGAAUUUGAUUAACAGUCUUCAAAUACCUGAACAACAAUUAUAGAGAGGAUGGAGAUGGGCUUUUUCUCUGUGGCCAUAGGGCACAGGACUAGGAGCAAUGGCCUCGAGCAGCAGCAGGAGAAAUUUAGGUUGGAAAUUCAGAGGAACUUUGAGACCUUGUGAGUGAUAAAGCAUUGGAACAGGCUACCUAGAGAAGUUAUGGAAUCUCCAACCCUAAAUUUUCAGGAGCUGGUUGGACACACAAUUGGCUGGGAUGGUUUAGGCAGAGAUGAUCCUGCCUUGAGCAGGGGGCUGGACUGGAUGACCUUGUGAGGUCUCUUCCUGUGCUACGUUUCUAUUAUUUCAAAUCUAUUUACAAAUAUUACUGUACAAUGCUUUAUUUAUACGUCCUAAAAAUCAUCAUUGCAGUCUCUGACAACAUUUAAAAAAAUAAGGAAGAAAGUAUAAUAGUGGUAUAUUUCAUCUACUAGUAAACUGGAUUUUCUUGGUUGAAGUGAUUAUGUUGGGGGUGGGGAGGAGAGAGCAGGGGAUUCACUGUUAAGGGGUCAGAUUCUACAUCUAUAUCUGCAGCGUGGAUCAUAAAAAAAAAAGGGGGGGGCGGCCUUAAAAUCACCAAACAGUUGACAACAACCUCUAUAUGUUUUUAAUCAAUUAGUAAUAUGCCAUCCUCCAAAAAUGUUUGAACCUUCAUUUAUGCAUGUUCUUUGCAAAUCUCUGCAGCCUUCAUUUAGAAAAAAGCUCAAAUGUUGUUUUUUUUCAGUUGGGACGCAAAAGUACUUGAACUUAAUUGGAAUGCAGAAAUCUAGAACUCUUGGUUGACAGAUGAUACCUUGGUUCAGAGAUCUUCUAGAUUUUUGCAUUUCUUUUUGUCUCGGACGAACAUGGCUACCAAAUAUAUCCCUGAAACAUGGAAGAUGCCGAAAUUUAGCCGAUUUGGGAUUUUAAACUUCAUUGUUGAACAACAAGAAAGAUUUCUAAAACCUCCCCGCACGCCAUCUGACACCAACAGGGAUGUAAUACUGCCUGGUCUCCACAAGAAAGAGCGUCUCACAGAGACUUUUGCAUGGACCCAGAGGGACCAGACUUCCAUCCUCAACUCCCUCUGUGCAAACAUGAAGUUUAUUCCUUUAAAAUAAUUUAUUGCUGAAAGUAAGUAAAUAUGCUUUUAAAACCAAAUGCCAUUAAAUACAAAGGAAAGGGCAAGUGGUCCUGUUAAUAACACAGAAUUAGGAAGUAAAGAUUCAGUUGCAUUUUAUGAAAUAGCCAUGUGGAGACUUUUACCAUCUUUAAUUUUCCUUGAGCCAGAUGAAGGGUGUGAGAGCCCGAAAGCUUGCAGAAAAAGAUAUUUUUUGUGAUUUCUUAAUUGGUCUAAUAAAAGGUAGCAUCUUUGAACCAAGA